AUGAUACCCUCCAUCCUACUCUCGACACUCCCCAUACCCUCUCUCAUCCUCUUACUCCUCAUCACGCUAUACCACCUCACACCUUUACUCAACAUGUUACCAAACCUCACACCGUCUUUACAGAAAUUAUCAAGUAUAAUUCCUCAUCCUAAGAAAUCGAGAAACUUACCUAGGGAAUUCUUCAACUUACCUCCUCGACCUGGAUCGCCUUCUUCCCACAAGUCCAAUGACGAAGAUACCUCCAUCCGAGGAAGGUUGGGCGUAAGGGGGAGUUUGAUGAUUAUCUUGUUGGUAGAAGCUCUGCUUUCUCUGGCUACUGGUUGGUACUAUCUUUCAACCACCAACACUACGACCACCAUUGCCACCGAAGGAGGAGUACCAAUCGGAAAUCCUGGACUGAUAGCUACUAGUUUAGUAUUGUUCCCUUCUACUUUAGCUUUUCUCAGUUUAUUCACCAUCCUUUCCAAACCUUCUUUUCAUCAUCGACAUACCCCUGCGUCAGCAUCGAAAAUUAGAAAAGUGAUUUUCAGGAAUGGAGGUGUAACUCAUUCAACAUUAUUACCUCGUAUUUUACCUCUUUCAAUUCUCUCCUCGACCAUCACUAUAAUCAUUUCGUUAGUCAUACCCACCUAUGGCAGAUAUGUGAUACUUGGAUAUACAUCACUAUGUUUGAUGAUUGUAUUGGGAAGUGGGAUGAUAGGAAUGUGGAGGAUGAUUACGAAACCACGAGAAGGUCUGAUUAGACUGAGGGGUGAAUCUAGAAUGUCGUUGUAUGAGAAAGAUAGAUUGGAAUCUCGUUCUUGUUCGCCUGAUUCGAUGACUGAUUCGGCGUAUAGAGUCAGUAAUGAGUUGAUGGGUAUGACUCAUGAAGAGGGAAUGGAGAGAGUUAGAGAUACGAGUAGUUGGUUGAGUUCACCUUCAAGACCACCUACACCUGUAUCAUCAUUUGAUUACUCUUCGCCUCACGGUACAGUUUCUACGACCACCACGAAAGAUACGUUCAAAACACCUAAACCCAAACCAUCCAAUUCGAGCUUUGCAGCUUCAGCAUCAUUUGCUGUUCCUCAGACUGGCGGUUCUAGUUCGGUUUCGGCAUUCACAUCUACCACUACACUGGUGACUCCUGAGCACCAGUCGAGGUCCCAAAACGAUAUAUCAGGAUCAGCAGCUGAGGGAGUUAUCAAUGAUCAAUCGUGGUUGAGCGAACCUACCAACACUCCAUCUUCAAUAUCUGUUUGGUCAUUCCCUCCUUCUCCCGCUUCACCUCAACCUGCCAUGACAAGGAACCGAUCGCCUUCACCAUCGAAUGUACCACUUUCUCCAGAUGAGGAAGGGAGAGAUCCAAACUUACCUAGACCUGGUGAAAGGAGAUUACCAGUGAAAGCAAGCGAUAGUACCACUUACACCCAUACCAUCGGAUCAAGCUCUACCUCACCUGGUUCAAGGUUGGUCGAUGCAUCGAUUUUAGCUGAUUAUUCACCUGAUCCGUUCCAUCCUCUUCCACCCAGAGGAUUCGCCAGUCUCACUAUUUAUCCAGUAUCUCCGGACCAACUUCAGAGUCAAUCAAGCUUGAUUACCAGAGUGGCAGCACUUCAAUCUGGUGAUUCACUCGCUAAUGGGAUUGUACCCGUAAAGAAAGGAUCUUCGACUUGGACUUUACAAUCUGCUGGAACGGAUGCGUACAAAACACCGGAUCAUAAAAUCUCCAGAGCCAGAAAAGUGUUGUCGACCGCUGACAGACGAACGCCACCCCCUCCGCCUAUGCCCGUUGAUAUGCCUUUACCGCCCACACCAACCCUUGCGAGAAGCUCGACGUUGUUUGACAUUCAAGGGAAAGAUAGUAUGGAGAUGCUUUUGGGGAGUAGCGAUUGGGUGGAAGUGGAACCUGAAGAAGAAGCGUUAGAAGAUUGGGGUAGAGGUGGAAGAGGUGUAGGGAUCGUGGCUGUGGCUGGUAUAGUAAUUUGCUAUGGGCUAUCCUUACCGCUUCUCUUGAAUGGACCAAAGGAUAUGUCAAUCAUCCUGUAUCUCAUUUCGGUCCUCUUACCUUCGCCCAUCUUGGCAUUUACCUCGUAUCUCCUGCGAUACCGACCCAUGCCUAUCUCAUCAAGUGUUCGAUCUAAGAAAAGCUCAACGAAAACUACAUCGACCGCCCAUCGAUCUUUGGCGUUAUUAUCUGAAUCUCAAUUAUCAUUGCCCCUUUCCAUCUCACCCAAGUUGACACCUCCAGCUUUCAAGAGAGCUUCGACGAUGAAUCUCGCUUCGCCAACGCUGUCAAAGAUGAUUGAACCCAAACCUUCUCUCACGACUUUUAUCGGGUCUGGUCGACGACACACCGUGUAUGGAGGACUGACAUUGGCAGAGAUGCAAGCGGAUGAAGAUAUGCGAAAGACUCUGGCAAGACGUAGUGGCGAUGUAUGGAUAUCUAACGGACAUGCUAUCGAAGGUGGAGGUCUCAUCUCGAGAGCUACAGAGAUGCUCAAACCUGUACCUGCUAUGAGGGUUUUGGAAGAUACGAGAAGAAGGAACGAUGAUGGUACCAUGAAGAAGAUGAGAGGAGGUGUAGUGUCACUGUUGGCUAAACGAGCUAGUAGUCUGUUCCAUUCUCAGACUCGCGAUGAUAUCGAAUUGGGUCAAUUCGAGGAUGCCGAUGGUGAACUAUCUUUCGACAAGGAGAUUACUCCCCCUUCACCUGCCAGGUCGGGUAUUGCAAUCUCGAUCAUUGCUCCUUCACCCGAAAAGAGGUUGUCCAAAGCUACCACCGCUGUGACAAGGACAGGAAGUUCGUACUCUACGGGUGAAGGGGAGAACGGACCUGAAAUAGAUGCGAGUUAUGGAACUGCUGAGAUUGGAAUGGCGAAGAGAGGAAGAAUGUCAAAUGGACCGAUGUUCAUCUUUGGGAAGGAGAAGGAGAGAAGAACUGAGAAUGGGUAUGAAUUGGAUUGGUUGACUGCUGGGGUAUUACCUGGACUUGUACCGUCUAUCAAAAUUGGUAAUGAUGUACGAAUCGAACCUGCUCCUCAUUCCGCCCCACUUGGUCAAACCGAACUUGACCGUGGACACGACCGUGAACUCGAUACACCCAAAGUCAGACAACGACCUUUAUCCGAUAUGCCUAUUUCCCCAUACCAAGAGGGCGAUUCAAGCUACGUAACCAUGCCUUCCUUCAGAGACGUGUCGUUCAAACAAUCUACACCGCAUGGUGGAAAACAUACCCAUACCAGAUCGUACUCGUCAUCUGUCGACUUCACUUUACCUUCUGAAUACUCCACUGCCGAGACUGCCACAUCCGUCUCUCGCGAGCUUCGUCAACGAAAUGCCAUGACCAAUAUGGGGCUGGGGUUGGGAAGAUCCGAUACCGUCGAAAGUAGACGAACGAUCACUCAUAAACCCUCUUUCCGAUUACCGAAAUUGGCCAAGGACGACUUCGAAGGUGAAAUUAGGAAAUCGAUCGAUGAUUUAUCUCAACGACCUAACUUUGAUAAUCACGAGGGAGGAGACCACGAGGAGUCAUCAAAUGGGAUUGACUUGCCACCGAUUCGGACUACGAUGACACUGAAACAUAAGCCUUCAUUAUCCAGAGUCUCAGAGCUUACUGAAGAACCCACUUUGGCUCCAUCAAAAAACAGUGCUUAUCUAGAAGAGAAUGGAAAUGACAGUUCUGCAAUAUUUUCUGAAUCUGCUUUGGAAGAUAUGCACCUGGCCUUAGCAUUAGGUACUACCACUCCAUCGUCUCAGCGACAGAAUGGUAGCGGCAGUAUUCAUCUUCGACCGAAGAUGUCUGACGAUUCUACACACACCGGUGAUUUAUCUAUAGUCAAUAGUAUCUCGACGAAUGAUGAAAAUCUUGAAGAGAUGGAGAGGAUGAUGGCUAUGGAUACACCUACUCGAACCGAAUUUGUCAUUUCGCCUCCUCCCGGAUCAACUUCUGGAGCCUCUGGUACAGGAAGAGAUUCAAGAGCUAGUGAUAGAUCUGUAUCUACUUUUACUAGUGCAUACACCGCCACCACCACCACUACGACGAUCACUACGAAUGAUAGUCCAUUACCACCUGUUCCGACCUUACCUUUGGAAUAUAGACAACCUGCUUAUCCCGUUUAUUCCCAUCCCCACCCACCUCCCUUGAAUACUUUGAACGUACAAGGUUCGAAUUCGAUAUUGGCCAGACAGAUUUCGAUGCCUAAUAUAGGUACUCAUCCACCUAUUCAAUCGCUCUUACCUAAGGCUAGGAAUUCGACUGAGACUUUACAUUCGACCAACUCUACUUCUAUCAGCUCGUCAGUAAUGCAAAGUCCUAAAAAUAAGGAAAUGAACCAUCAACCAAGCAAGAAAGAAUUAAGGAUAGUCAAAGCAUUGGAAGAAAGGAAUAAUCAAUCUAGAUCACAAACUUCUUUGGGAUUUAACGAUAAGGAUAUAGAGAAGAAGAGUGUGGUGGAGAAAAGAGGUUUGAGACCUCUGACUUUACUUGCUGAUAAUUCUUCCUACGUGAAUGCGAAUGAAAGAACGAGUUUGGUGUUGCCUUCAAUUAAGAGUGCUGGACAAGUUGAAGGAAAUGGAUUGAGGAAACUGUCAAUCUUAUCUGAUGAUGAUGGUAUUGCCACAAGAUCGAAAAGUAGUAUGGGAGGAGGGAAGAUGUCGGUGGGCAGUGGGAAAGAAAAUGUGAGGAAAGGAAGUAAAGUAUCGACUGGGUCUGGAGUAGGAGCAGGAGGAGUAUCAGGGGUAAGAGGAUUGAGAGCAUAG